CGUGCGACGCUUGCUCAGUCAGGUCCCAUCUCCCACACACGCGCAGUAGCGUAAUUUCCUACCGGGUUGAAAUGGCGUUGACUUUGCGGAGGCUGCGAUAUUUGCAGCUGUUCUGCAAGCAAGGGCCAGCAGCUUGUCGUGUGCUUUCUCGUAAUUUUCACUUCACGGCAUAUGGAAAGAAGAAUGUGUCUGCCAAAGUAUCUGAUUCAAUUUCAACACAGUAUCCUGUAGUGGACCAUGAAUUUGAUGCAGUUGUAGUCGGUGCAGGUGGUGCAGGUUUGAGAGCUGCCUUUGGCUUGUCUGAGGCUGGGUUUAAUACAGCAUGUGUUUCCAAAUUAUUCCCAACCAGAUCUCAUACUGUUGCUGCGCAAGGAGGAAUCAAUGCUGCUUUGGGUAAUAUGGAAGAUGAUAACUGGAGAUGGCAUUUCUAUGAUACUGUGAAAGGCUCUGACUGGCUAGGAGACCAGGAUGCAAUUCAUUACAUGACAGAGCAAGCCCCUGCUUCAGUUAUUGAGCUAGAGAAUUAUGGUAUGCCAUUUAGCAGGACAGAAGAUGGAAAGAUCUAUCAGCGUGCUUUUGGAGGUCAGAGCCUUAAAUUUGGGAAAGGAGGACAGGCUCACCGUUGCUGUUGUGUGGCUGAUAGGACAGGCCACUCUCUGUUACACACACUCUAUGGCCGGUCACUCAGAUAUGAUACCAGCUACUUUGUGGAAUAUUUUGCUCUUGAUAUCCUAAUGGAAAAUGGAGAAUGUUGUGGUAUUAUUGCACUAUGUAUAGAAGAUGGCACAAUCCAUCGUUUCAGAGCAAAGAAUACAGUUAUUGCCACUGGAGGAUAUGGGCGCACAUAUUUUAGCUGUACUUCUGCUCACACUUGCACUGGAGAUGGCACAGCAAUGGUUACACGGGCAAGUCUACCUUGCCAGGAUUUGGAAUUUGUGCAGUUCCAUCCCACAGGUAUUUAUGGAGCUGGCUGUCUUAUUACAGAAGGCUGUCGUGGUGAAGGAGGUAUUUUAAUUAACAAUGAAGGAGAAAGGUUUAUGGAGAGAUAUGCUCCAGUUGCCAAAGAUCUAGCUUCCCGGGAUGUUGUGUCUCGUUCUAUGACUAUUGAGAUCCGUGAAGGAAGAGGUUGUGGACCUGACAAAGAUCACGUGUACUUGCAGUUGCACCAUUUGCCACCACAGCAGCUAGCAAUGCGUCUUCCUGGGAUUUCAGAAACUGCUAUGAUAUUUGCUGGUGUGGAUGUCACAAAAGAGCCUAUUCCUGUCCUACCUACUGUGCAUUACAAUAUGGGAGGUAUUCCUACAAACUACAGAGGACAGGUAAUUACACAUGUGAAUGGCAAAGAUCAAAUAGUACCUGGUUUAUAUGCUUGUGGUGAAGCAGCUUCUGCCUCUGUUCAUGGUGCUAAUCGGCUUGGUGCAAACUCGCUUUUGGACUUGGUAGUCUUUGGUCGUGCCUGUGCUCUUAGUAUUGCAGAAUCAUGCAAACCUGGAGAAUCAGUUCCAUCAAUUAAAUCAAAUGCAGGUGAAGAAUCUGUUGCAAACCUUGACAAACUGCGUUUUGCCAAUGGAAAUGUAAGAACAUCAGAACUGAGACUUAAUAUGCAAAAAGCAAUGCAAAGCCAUGCUGCUGUGUUCCGUACAGGCCCUGUCUUACAAGAAGGCUGUGAAAAAAUAUCCAGACUCUAUAAAGAUUUUGAUGAUCUGAAGACAUUUGAUAGAGGUGUUGUUUGGAAUACUGACUUGGUGGAGACUUUGGAACUACAAAAUUUGAUGCUCUGUGCUUUACAAACUAUUUAUGGUGCAGAAGCUCGGAAAGAGUCACGUGGAGCUCACGCUAGGGAGGAUUAUAAGGUUAGGAUAGAUGAAUAUGAUUAUUCUAAGCCAAUCCAAGGACAGCAGAAGAAACCAUUUGAGCAGCAUUGGAGAAAACAUACACUCUCUUAUGUAGAUGUGAAGACUGGGAAGGUUACGCUGAAUUAUAGACCUGUAAUUGAUAAAACCCUGAAUGAAGAAGAUUGUGCUACAGUUCCACCAGCUAUUCGCUCUUAUUAGUGAUUUUGAUUUGACCUUUUGUUCUUUAGGAGUUUCUUAAUGCACAUGCAAAUAUACCAUUUAUUAUGAGGCAGCUGUUAUCUAUUGCAGUAGAUGAAAAUAGCAUGUUAAGUUAAAUCUGUCUCAUGUAUUAUAAAACUUAACUUUGAAACAUGAGCUGUAUAUUGCAAAAUGUUCUUGCAUGCAAGUCAGUUUCUAACUUUCUCAGGACACCAGGAAUCUAUACAUAGUUUGCAUACAUUAACUGAAUUUUGAUUCUCCUGUUCUGUAAUAAUUUCUAGUCUGUUAUAUUAAGAAAGUAAAUGCAGUAUGAUGGAAAUGAGGGGCUUUUUGUUGAAAACCAACAAUGUAGAGAAUAAUUUAAUAGACUGAUUUAUGCUUAAAGAAAUUAUUACUGCAUUAUAGCUUUUAGUAACCUACAUUUAGUUGUAGGUUGCAGAUGACAAUUAGAAAUGUAAUGGCUGCAGCCAUAACUUAGGGUUUUGUGAAAUGUUACAAAAUCAGAUGUAUUAAACUUCAAAUGAGCUUUUCUUAUUUGUUACAGACUCUAAAACUACUUUUUUUCCUUUUCAUUUAGUGAGGUACUGAAUUAAAAUGGGUGUUUUUAAAAACAAUUCGGGGUCAUUAAGAUAAAUAAAAGUUAAACUGAUAACUAUUAAAGAGUGUUUUUGAUGGACAUCUGACAAGAGUCAUACCUUACAGAUGUGUGUAACUUUCUAACAAUUGUUAUCAGUGAUAAAAUAAUUGGAUUUUAUUGUUAAAGUGUCUUACAAGAUUUAUAACUAUUCUGAUUUUUGACUGCAUGGACAUUAAAUUGGCUUUAUAUAUGUUGUAACUUUAAAAAUGAACAUAUUAAACAGAAAAAAAAUGCU